GCACAUUUCUUAUAUACUAUUUGGGCACACAAAUUCACCUUUUAUUGAGAUAUAUCCAUCCAUUCUUGCUAUGACUUGUUGAAUAUUCGAAUGAUAACCAUAAAAGAGAAUGUUGACUAGUGAAUUGUUUAUUUUGCAGAAAAGUGCGCAAAGGCACUAUAAUCGUCAAGACUUCUACUAUGUGGCUAACGAGAAGAGAGAAGGGCAUGAAAGAAAUACGUCAAGGCUUGAGCGUGAAGGAAAGAAGUAAUGUAGGGGAGCAAACUAAAAGAAAAGGAGGAUCUUCUUGGGAAGAAAGAAGAAAGGAGGAGGGCCAAAGUAAAAAAAGACAGAACAGAGGAGGGGAUCAAAAAUCCCUAGCGCAGCCGAUCCCCAUCAGGCCUGGCAUCUCACCUCUCUCCCUCACCCCUCCUUCUCCACCACCGGCCGUCGCCGCGGCCAGGCCGGCGUGGCGGUGCGCCUGCUGCUCCUCCACUCAGCCACGAGCACCAUCCGCCGCACCAUCCAUCCAUCCCAGCCGCGCCGUGCCAUCCAUCCACCACUCCACCAGCGUCACUAGCUCCACUUCACCACCGCGCCUCACCAGCGCCCACCUCGCGCGCCCCUCCUGCCGCUUCCUCUCUGAACCCGCUGUUGCUGCUGCAUCUUCCUUCUUCCUCUCGACCUCCUGUUGCUCUUCUCCAAGCACCGCUGCUGCUCCUUCCUUGCAACCCCCCUGCUGUUGUUCAUCCUCUCCACCUCCUUGCGCCUCCCUGCCGGUACCCUUCUCUGCUCAAAACUGCUGCUGCUUGUGCACUCCAGCUUCUCCUUCUUCUCCUGCCUACUGCUGGUUCUUCUUCCCCACAUCACUUUUGCUGCUCCUCUUCUCUGCCUCGCUACUGUUCUUCUUACCUGAACCUCAAAAUUGCUGCUGUUCUCUUCUAAACAACAAAACUGCUGCUACUACUACCUCAACCUCCUAUUGCUUUCUUUCUUUCUCACUCUCUUUUAAAUUUCUGUAAGAUUGAGACGCAUGUGAUUUGUAUUAUUCAGAUUUGAUAAGUGUUAGUAAUCUACUGUUGUUCAGUUCAGACUUCCUGUGUGUGUUAAUUAGUUAAAAUUGUCACUUGUGUACUGCUUGUUGCAGAUUCUUGCUCAUUUUUGUUGUCUAUGUGUUAGCUCAUGCAUCUGAGAAUUAUAAAGACAUAUGUGUGUGUGGUUGAUGUGAAACAAUUAUAUAUAUGUCUCAUGUUUGUUAGUUAGUGGUUUGUAUAAAUUCAGAUUACUACUUGUGAUUUAAUUUUGUAUUGAAAUUGUUCUCUGUGGUAGUCAGUUGUGUGAUCAUUCAAUUUUCAGUCUAUGUAUUAGCUCUGUACCUGUAAUAUAUGUUGUGACAUGAAGCAUUUUCAUCCUUGUCCAUUAUCUUGUUUCUUCACUCUGUCAUACGCUUGUUAGAUAAAUAUAUGUGUUCAUGUCCUGUUGUUCCCUUUUGUGUUAGCAUUUUAGUUUCUCAAGUAACAUGAAAACACCAAAAAAGACAAUAUAGACAAUCUGAACCUCCCCUUUGCUUAUUUUACAUUUUCUUUGGCGACGAUCUUCGGGAACUACCUUGUUAGUUUAGGUUUAUUUUCUUGCAUUUAUAAUCUGAGUUCUGUCACCUAGCUUUAGCCGAGCAUUGUUGCUGUCGCCUAGUCCCUGUGGAGAACACGACACUCACAGUUCGGGUGAAAUAUCCCGCAGUACUUUCAAUCGAUCAUUUUGGCGCCGUUGCCGGGGACUAGCGUCGUGUGACCGUGUUAGGCUAUAGACGAGGUUUUGCUUCUGUUUCUAUCUGGUGCCAUAUAUUUGUGAUAUAUCUCUUACCCCUAACCACUGUUCUAGUUAUCUUCUCUUUCUUUUCUUGUUCAUUUUGUAGGUUGAAUUGUCUUCUCGGAUAUGGCUUACUAUUCAAAUCAUCAUGCUUAUGCGAGCAACACUACAAACAACACGGAAAGUAUUCAAGAACUGAUAAGUAAGAUUUCCCAUCAAUUAGAUGAUUUAGCUCAGCAGCGAGGAGUAGUUUUUGAGGAUAGGCCUAGUUCUUAUUAUCCUUAUUCCGGAGGCAAUCCUUAUGUUGCUCCUACAUGCCAUAUUUGUGGAUAUCAGGGCCAUUCGCCCGCUGAAUGUCAGCGUGGUUACUCUCACACUCCAGAUUGUUUUGGCAUGAGCUUCGCUCAAGAGCAUAGCUCAUACCAAAACAAUUACUCACAUGGGUGUCCUGAAAACCCGAAUAUGUCAUAUAGGAGCAACAACCCCGAGAUCUCACCGCUUGCUUCUAGUAAUCAUAUGCAGGGAUUUAGGUAUGAAGAGGAGAGCCACAGCUAUGCUCCACAACAGUCUUAUUCAGCUCCUAUUCAUAUACCUCAGCACGAGGAGAUGUUGCCAAUGGAGUUAAAUGGUCCUCCAUUUGGUCAACCAACACCUUCAACACAAGUGCCUACUCAAGAUGAGUUUGAUGACAUAGACAAGUUCACACUUUUGAGUCUUGAGUUCAGUUGGAGUGCCGAGGAUGAUCCUAUUAGGAAGGUUAUACUAGAUGAAAUGAAGAAGAUCAAGAGUGGGAAUGAGCUAGUGGAAGAAGUAAAGAAGAUUGAGAAGAACAUCAACGCUGGCAGCUCUAUUUCUUCACAGCUAGAGCUGAGUGUUGCUGAGAUUCCCCUUGAUACAUGUGAGGUUCCAACACCUUCACAUUUCGUUGAGCAAGUUAGCAAGUGCCUUGAGCAAGAGAUACCUCAGAUUGAAGAAGAUGAACUAGAAGACAAGGACCAAGAUGGUCAAGAGCUGCAAUUCCCAAGUGAUCAAGUUGAAGACUCAUCAUCUACUACUGAAGAACUACAAGAAGCUGCUGUAGAUAAAGAUGAAGAUCAUGAGAUUCAUUUGCCUAUUGUCAUACCAGAGCGUGAUGUGUCAGGUUUACUCAAUCCUCUUGAUGACAUGAUGCCUUGUGAUUUCUUUGCUACUACCUUGCUUUACAUGAUACUAUCACUUAAGAUUGAUUUGAAAACUCAUUUGCUUGGAUAUGAUGAUAUAUACCCUGUUAGUGGUAUUACUCUCAUUUGUGAUGAUCAUAGUUACUUUCCUCGUGCUAAUCCUAUGCUUAAUGAAACAUAUCACUCCCAUGCUAGUCUUGCACUUAAUGAUAAAUGUCAUCCUCGUGUGAGUAUUGACCAUGCUGAUUUCUGCCAUCCUAAACAUGUGCUUUAUAGUUAUGCUUAUAUAAUUGGAUAUUCCAUUGAUGACUUGGAGGGCAUCGACCGUAUCACUUGUAGUUGUUUGUGUGAGUCCUAUUUCAGGCUUUUGCUACUGCACUGUUUACUACAUGCUGACCAGGUUUAAGGUGACAUUCCUUGGGAUCCUGGUGGAGUCACAGCAUGGCGAUGAGGGGAGCACAAACAGGGAACACAAACAGAGAAGAGUGGAGAGAAGAAAGUAGGAGAGAAGAGUAUACAAAUACCAGAAAAGUGCGCAAAGGCACUAUAAUCGUCAAGACUUCUACUAUGUGGCUAACGAGAAGAGAGAAGGGCAUGAAAGAAAUACGUCAAGGCUUGAGCGUGAAGGAAAGAAGUAAUGUAGGGGAGCAAACUAAAAGAAGAGGAGGAUCUUCUUGGGAAGAAAGAAGAACGGAGGAGGGCCAAAGUAAAAAAGGACAAAACAGAGGAGGGGAUCAAAAAUCCCUAGCGCAGCCGAUCCCCAUCAGGCCUGGCAUCUCACCUCUCUCCCUCACCCCUCCUUCUCCACCAUCGGCCGUCGCCGCGGCCAGGCCGGCGUGGCGGUGCGCCUGCUGCUCCUCCACUCAGCCACGAGCACCAUCCGCCGCACCAUCCAUCCAUCCCAGCCGCGCCGCGCCAUCCAUCCACCACUCCACCAGCGUCACCAGCUCCACUUCACCACCGCGCCUCCACCAGCGCCCACCUCGCGCGCCCCUCCUGCCGCUUCCUCUCUGAACCUGCUGUUGCUGCUGCAUCUUCCUUCUUCCUCUUGACCUCCUGUUGCUCUUCUCCAAGCACCGCUGCUGCUCCUUCCUUGCAACCCCCCUGCUGUUGUUCAUCCUCUCCACCUCCUUGCGCCUCCCUGCCGGUACCCUUCUCUGCUCAAAACUGCUGCUGCUUGUGCGCUCCAGCUGCUCCUUCUUCCCCUACCUACUGCUGGUUCUUCUUCCCCACAUCACUUUUGCUGCUCCUCUUCUCUGCCUCGCUACUGUUCUUCUUACCUGAACCUCAAAAUUGUUGCUGUUCUCUUCUAAACAACAAAACUGCUGCUACUACUACCUCAACCUCCUGUUGCUUUCUUUCUUUCUCACUCUCUUUGAAAUUUCUGUAAGAUUGAGACGCAUAUGAUUUGUAUUAUUCAGAUUUGAUAAGUGUUAGUAAUCUACUGUUGUUCAGUUCAGACUUCCUGUGUGUGUUAAUUAGUUAAAAUUGUCACUUGUGUACUGCUUGUUGCAGAUUCUUGAUCA